AUGUCCCGCUUCACCAUACCUCGACUUCAACCCCUCAGCAAACCCAAAUUUCUUAAUGGGAUACCAGACAAUAGUAUCUUUGUUAUAGCGACCCUCAUCGCAGUCAAUGCCCUGGUAUGGAUCGCUGCAGGCAUUGUUCUGCAUUUCCAUCCACGCCUCAUUUCGCCAGCUGCCCUCUCAUACGUCCUUGGUCUUCGCCAUGCUUUGGACGCAGACCACAUCGCAGCUAUUGACCUGAUGACACGUCGUCUCAUAGCAUCAGGGCAGCGCCCUGCGACAGUGGGGACAUUCUUCUCAUUAGGGCACAGCACCAUCGUCAUUGUAACAUGCAUCGUUGUCGCAGCCACGAGUGGCGCUUUGAGGGAAAGGUUCGAUGGGUUUCAACACGUGGGAAAUAUAGUUGGCACUAGUGUCAGUGCCGCAUUUCUUAUAAUUCUCUGUAUAGGAAAUGGCUGGGUUCUGUAUAAGCUCAUCCAGCGCUUGCAAGGGAUUCUGCAAGAGCGAAGAAAUCAGGUCCGACUUGAAGGAUUUGUCGAGGAGGAGACGCAGAUCCAGGAUCAUUUUUCUCUGGAAGGAGGAGGCUUCUUGACGCGCGUGUUCAAAAGGUUAUUUCGCGUUAUUGACCGACCGUGGAAGAUGUACCCCCUCGGCGUGGUUUUUGGUCUUGGGUUCGAUACAAGCUCAGAGAUUGCUAUACUGGGGAUCGCGAGCAUUCAGGCUGUUCAGGGGACGAGUAUCUGGCUGAUUCUGAUCUUUCCUAUUCUUUUCACAGCUGGCAUGUGCAUGCUUGAUACCACAGAUGGAGCCCUCAUGAUGGCCCUGUACACGUCGAAAGCAUUCUCAAGAGACGUGGUUGCUAUUCUGUAUUAUUCCAUCGUCCUCACAGGAAUUACAGUCGUGGUAUCAGCUUUCAUCGGCAUCGUCCAAGUUCUCUCCCUAAUACAGAACGUCGCAGACCCUCAGGGGCGAUUCUGGGAUGGAGUUUCUUCGAUUGGCGACCAUUUUGACAUUGUUGGCGGAAGCAUCUGCGGCGUGUUUCUGAUCGUAGAGUCUCAAGACCCAAAGGGCCAAUCGAGUAACGCCGUUGCUUUCAUCAACGACGAUGACGACGACAAGAACACCCUGAACUUUUCAAUAGAUUGGGAUCUCACCGUGAUGCCUCCCUUCCCACAGCAAACCUUCACCAACCCACCGACGUACAGUCGUGAGGAAACUGAACGUCGCCUACAACAAGCUAUUGAUCUAUUCUGGGCCGAUGAUAGGGCUGCUCAACAGAGCAAUGUCUCUACCAACAUGCAGAAUUCCCUUCAAGUGCAAACGUUUGUAGAUCAAGCGGCAUCACCCAACACCUCCGCGCCCGAGCAGACUGGAUCUUCGGAUCAUCAACUCGGCGAAGGCGCCUACCUAUUUUCAAAUGCUCAAUUUCCUGCGGAUCCCAACGCUGGCAAAGGCCAAGAUCAAAAAGAAGAAUCUCCUUCGACCAAUCAAACAGUCAGUGAACCUGAAAGGGAUGACUCUGCUAUUGGAGGUUUUCCACCAACCGUCCCCAGGAUUUCCAACGACGAAACGAACGGGACUAUAAAACCUGAGAGCCCUGUCACUGAAGCCCCUACCCCUACGAACGCAGCACCAACUGUCCAGAACAGACAGCAGGCUAAGACCCCAACAGCUACGGACGCCAGUGUCCCCAAGUCUCCAUCUGCUCCGAGUGCCAAACCUAAUGUCAAACCUAUCCCUCAGGCCAGAGCCCGAGGUGUAAAGAGAGCCAGGGAACCCAAGCCCUCGCCUCGAGCCGCAAAGCGACCUGCCGAUAGAAAUGGAAAUGGCCAGCCCGCGACUAAGAAGGUGAAACCUGAGGAAUCCAAUGAGGCCAAGGCCAAGCCCCCUCGUUAUAGGCCUAUUACGCCAAGAAUUCCUGUACCUUAUCAACAACAGGCAUUCUGGUUCCAUAUGCCAAGCAGAGCUGAUUUUCAGUGUUUGAACGAUCCUGCUUGGCUUGCUGCUCACCCUCAGGCGGCUUCAAUCUGGAAUGAGUUGCUUGCUAAUCAUAGACGGGAUCAGUAUUAUGCUUCUCAGCAGGCGCGGACGGGAAUAGAUCCUCGUGGCAUUGCGUCUUCUCACAACGGAAAUAUCCCCUGGUCUUCCCCUAUGCUACCUCAACAGCAGGCCCGGGUGGGAAUGAAUCCUCGUGGCAUUGCGUCUUCUCACAAUGCUAAUAUCCCCUGGUCUGCCCCUAGGCUACCUCAGCAGCAGCUUGCUAAUGAGAUGACGAUGGGAAGCAGUCCUCCUAGCCCAAUGUCUUCUCCUGGCCAGCUUCCCACUGCGACUGAGGGUCCUCUUCCUCACCUGAACAUCCCAAUGCGUCCAGGACGUCAGGUGCAAAACUCUUGCAUAGACGGGGAUCCGCUCACAACCGGAGUCACCACGACUCAUCCUUCCUUGGGGAAUCUUCAGUCUCUGCGCCACCCCGCGAUGUAUCCGUUGAGCGUCCCCGGGGCAUCUGGCUACAACCAUGCCUCGGGCAAUCAUCAAACUGGACCCAGACCUGCAAGUAAUCAACCAAACAUGUCUGCACAAUACAGCUUCGGUCCUCCGUCGGGAGCUGGCCUUCCCCAGUUCAGGACUCCCACGGCAGAUGAGCUUCAGCGACGUCGUGCCCAUGAGGCGGCCCUUCGAGCGAGGUUCGAGCAGAAUGGACGCCGCUAA